AUGGAGGAACAACUUAUAGACAAGUCAUACUUUACUUCGUUGUAUAAGCAGAUUAGAUUGCAAGAGUUUUUGGAGGUUGCUCAUACUAUAUUAUUGGAUCGUUUGGAGAAUGGUUAUGGAAAGACGGUGAAGGGUGUACCAUUGGGUUGUCUCCCGGUAGAGUUGUUCCGUGAUCACUUCUCAUCGUUUAGAUCAUGGCGUAGUUAUACCAAGGAUAGGGUGACGCAUAUCAAUGGCGAGAAGGUCAAUGUGCAGCAUCUCUACUUUACAUUCAAUGUGCGUUCGGGCUUCCCAACGUUGUCCACUGGCAAGGAGUGGGUCAAGAAGAAGAUCGAUAGGAAGGACGGCAAUGAGCCCGCGGUGCACGAGUACCAAAAGGUGACGUUCAUCAUCAGUUACCGUGAUACCAGAGUCGAGUGUGAUUUCAAGAUGGCCAUCAUACUUCCUGCUAGUGUCCAACAGCAGCAACAACUAUUGGCACAGCAGCAGGCCGCUGUACAACAAGCUGCAUUAAUGCAACAACAAGAGUUAUAUCAACAACAAUUAUUAGCACAACAACAACAAGUGCAACAACAACAGCAGCAACAACAAUUAGUGCAACAACAAGGAGUACACACUCCACAACAACAAUAUAAUAGCCCGAUCCAGACUGCAGCAAUACCUCAACAUCUAACUCCACAACAUACUCCACCCCAACACUCUCCCAUGGUCAAGGCAGAGAACAACAGCACGCCACCAAUAGCCGUACCAACUAAUCUCAACAUCAACGGCAACGACAAUAUCAACAAUAACAUUGAUAGCAUCAACAACAAUAACAUUGUUGACAACAACAACAACAACAAUGACAUCAUCAUAAACAACGAUAGCAUCAACAACAUCAACAACAAUAUCAACAACAACGACAUCAUAAUCAACAACAACAAUGACAUCAACGACAACCCUGAACAGAAUAUGGGUCAUCCAACAGAUGGUACUGCAAUGUCAUCUUCAUCAUCGCCAAUGGAACAAACACCUACCGAGCCACAGCAGCAGGCGCCAAUAGUGCCGGCACUGUCACAGGACACGACACCACCAAUGCAUCCAGAACCUGUUGUAAAUUUAAAGUUCGAGUCGACAACAACAUCCUAA